CCAAACUGGUGCGCCAUGCCUGGAUCCUCGGACAGAGACCGUGGCAGAGACCGAGGAUAUGGUGGAGGCCCUCCUCGGUUUGGUGGUGCACAGGUGGAAACAGGGGGGGGACCCCCAAUGGGAAAAUUUGGCCUCCCCGGAGAAAGACUGCGGAAGAGGCACUGGGAUCUGGAUGAGCUGCCCAAAUUCCAGAAGAACUUCUACCAGGAGCAUCCAGAUGUCACCUGCAGGCCAUUACAAGAUGUUGAGCAGUACAGAAGAAGCAAAGAGGUUACAGUCAAAGGCAGAGACUGUCCAAAACCAAUAAUGAAAUUCAAUGAAGCUGCUUACCCAAGUUAUGUCAUGGACAUAAUUGUCAAACAAAACUGGACUGAACCAACUCCCAUUCAGUCUCAGGGUUGGCCUGUUGCCCUCAGUGGCAAAGACAUGGUUGGGAUCGCACAAACAGGGUCUGGGAAAACACUAGCAUAUCUUCUCCCAGCGAUUGUGCACAUCCAACAUCAGCCGUUCUGGAGCAUGGUGAUGGGCCCAAUAUGUUUAGUGCUGGCCCCCACUCGUGAACUGGCUCAGCAGGUGCAGCAGGUGGCAGCAGAGUAUGGCCAACCGUCCCGUCUCAGGAGUACAUGUAUCUAUGGAGGAGCACCAAAAGGGCCUCAAAUUAGAGACCUGGAGAGAGGUGUAGAGAUUUGCAUUGCCACUCCAGGGAGGCUUAUAGACUUUCUGGAGUGUGGCAAAACCAACCUUCUCCGCUGCACAUAUCUGGUGCUGGAUGAAGCUGACCGCAUGCUUGAUAUGGGAUUUGAGCCUCAGAUUCGUAAGAUUGUGGAGCAGAUCAGACCUGACCGGCAGACGCUGAUGUGGAGUGCCACGUGGCCAAAAGAAGUCCGACAGCUUGCUGAGGAUUUUCUUAAAGAUUAUGUGCAGAUCAACAUAGGAGCUCUGCAGCUCAGUGCCAAUCACAAUAUUCUUCAAAUUGUGGAUGUGUGCAACGACUUGGAGAAGGAGGACAAACUGAUUCGGUUACUCGAGGAGAUCAUGAGUGAAAAGGAGAACAAGACUAUUAUUUUUGUGGAGACCAAACGACGAUGUGAUGAGCUCACAAGGCAGAUGAGAAGAGAUGGAUGGCCGGCAAUGGGGAUUCAUGGAGACAAAAGUCAGCAGGAACGAGAUUGGGUCCUUAAUGAGUUCAGAUAUGGAAAAGCGCCAAUCCUCAUUGCUACUGAUGUGGCUUCUCGAGGCUUAGAUGUGGAGGAUGUGAAAUUUGUCAUCAACUAUGACUACCCCAACUCCUCUGAAGACUAUAUCCACCGCAUUGGGCGCACGGCCCGCAGUCAAAGGACGGGCACAGCCUACACGUUCUUCACCCCCAACAACAUGAAACAAGCCAGUGACCUCAUUUCUGUUCUCCGGGAAGCUAACCAGGCUAUCAAUCCCAAACUGAUUCAGAUGGCAGAAGACAGAGGAGGUCGAGGAAGAGGGGGUAGAGGCUAUAAGGAUGACCGUCGGGAUAGGUAUUCUGGGGGCGGGAGAAACUAUGGGGGAAAUAAUUACAGAGACGGUGAUAGAGGGUUUGGUAAUGGGUCGAAGAGUGCCUUUGGUGGUAACAAGGCUCAAAAUGGUGGAAACUUCGGGGGAAACGGUGGCAACUCUGGUAGUUUUGGAAACAGCAACUACAGUCACAGUAACGGACACAGUAAUUUCAGGGCGCCGCCAAACCAACUGGGCCCCUUCGGUAACCAAAACUUCCAGGGGCCUCCGCAGUUUGGAGCCAUGCAGAGGCCUUCUCAAAACGGCAUGAGCCAUCCGCCGUUCCUGUUCUCCACCCAAGCACCACAGCCGCCACCACCAAUGGCGCCCUACCCCAUGCAACCGCCGUUUCCACAGUAAAAAUAUAUGUACGUUAAGGAACCGAUAUUCUUCUUUUCUCCUAAAUUUUUACAGUAUAUUAUCGUUUGUGACAUUUAACUAUUGUUUGCUACAGCUGGGUUGGUAUUAUUUGGUAAAACCAGCUCAUUUAAAUCAGACCUAUUGUGCUUGUGUCUCUAUAGUUAUAGUCUAUGACACAGUAAUAAUUUGCACAUUUUAAAUUACAAUAUUAAUCCAAAGUGACUUAAUAGAAGAAACAAAUCCGCUGACUUCCGCGUUAGAAAACCGUAUUAGGAGCUAACGUCGGCGUAAACAUUAUCACAACAAAGCGCCGCAUGCUGUCGGCGGACGAAUAGCUACACAUCACACUAGUGAGCGGAUUUUUAUUUUACAUUUGUAUUAAAAUGACUAUGUGAUGCUUCCGAACCCUACAAGAAUCACCAAUUAAGAAAAUAAAACUGGAGAAGGAAGUGCGUACGUCACAGUGGGCGUGCACGUCACACCGGUGAAGGUGAAAACUGGGGUAGAUCAACAAAAUGGCUUCUUGACAAUUAUUAAAGAUUACUCAAACAUGAAUCACUCCAAAUACAACUUCGGGUGAGUAAAUGAAAUGAGGACUAACAUGAGGCUAUAACAUGGUUAAAAGCUCUGAAAAGUCCAAUUUGCAGAAUAGGUCUGCUUUAACGGUGCCCCUCGUGGAUCUAUACUACUGCACUUUUGUGACAGUUUUGUGUUGCAUUCCUCAGUUAUUUAUUUUUACUUGGUAAUGCAGUGUUCUAAUAUGUGGUAUGUUUAAUGCUGUUUAAACUAUAAAAGGUGCAAGUUGCCCUUUUAAAUAAAUAAUGUACAUAAUC